AUGCUGCUCCGGCCCCGACGGCCAGCCCCGCCCGUCCCGCUCUCGAACCCGGAGCCAUCGUCGCCAGCCAGCCCAGACCCCGAGCCUUGGCCGGCCGAGGACGCCCCGGGGACCCCGCCCGGUGAGCUGGCGGCGCCGGUGUCCCCCGUGUCUCCCGGCUCGGCCCAGCGCACGCCCUGGAGCGCCCGGGAGACGGAGUUGCUGCUGGCCACGUUGCUCGAGCCGGCCGUGUGGCGCUCGCUGCUGCUGGACCGCCGCCAGGCGCUGCCGACCUAUCGCCGCGUGUCGGCCGCGCUGGCCCGCCAGCAGGUACGGCGCACGCCCGCGCAGUGCCGUCGCCGCUACAAGUUCCUCAAGGACAAAGUUCGAGACGCGGAAGGCCAGCCCCCGGGGCCCUUCGACGCGCAGAUUCGGGAGCUCAUGGCGCUGCACGCCUCUCCGCCGCGGGACCGCGACCCCGCCGCGGAGCACACCUGGACGCUGAGGUUCAGCCCGACCCCAACGAAGGCUGGGGGCGCACCCCGCGCCCCCGACUCCCCGCCGCCGCCCGCACUCGGCCCGGCGGUCAACCUCGCAGCCGCCCCGGCCCUCGCAGGCCCAGACCCGCUGUCUGGUUACCCCCAAGAGCCCGCGCCCUCCCGCGGCUUCGCCCCCGCAUCGCCCACACCUGCCCCAGCUGAGGACGCCCCGCCGCCCCGCGCGCCUCUGUCUCUGAACGACACGCUCCUGGAGACCCUGGGUCACAUGGGCCACAUCGCGGCCACCCUGGGCCCGCUGCGCGACCAGCUGCUGACCCUGAACCAGCACGUGGAGCAGCUCCGCGGCUCCUUUGACCAGACGGUGUCCCUGGCCGUGGGCUUCAUACUGGGAAACGCCUACGCCGAGAGAGGCUUCCUGGCCGGCCCUCGGGAGUGA